AUCAGAAAAAACCAAAUCCGGUCCAUAUUCCAACCGAAUCUCAGAAUCUAAUCACACAGAUUCUCUAACCCAAACCAAACCGCCUCGUUUUUUUUCCCUUUCGCAAUUAUAGAAACUUUUCUGUCUCAAAGGUGAGAAACUCAAAAUAACCUCAGCACCGUUGUGUGCCCUCACACAAUUCCACGAAACCCUAACCCUAAUUCGAUUCUUUAAAUCCCUCUCCAAUGGCGCAAAACGAUUCACAAUCCGACAAAAACCCCCAAACCCGAUUCUACAACCCAUACAAAGACCUCGAGGUUUCUAGCCGAAAUCUCUACCAGCUCCCAACUUCCCCGGAGUUUCUCUUCGACGAGGAAGCUCUCCGUAAACGCCGUUCCUGGGGAGAGAAUCUCACCUUCUACACUGGCUGCGGUUACCUCGGAGGUUCAAUCGCCGGUGCCGGAGUUGGGCUCGUUGAAGGAGUUCGAUCUUUCGAAUCCGGCGACACCACGAAGCUCAGGGUUAAUCGUAUUCUCAACUCAUCCGGGCAUUCGGGUCGGACUUGGGGUAACCGUGUUGGGAUCAUUGGGUUGCUUUAUGCUGGAAUCGAGAGCGGGAUCGAGGCUGCCAGAGACACCGAUGACGCCUGGAACAGCGUUGCGGCCGGGCUUGGCACUGGAGCUUUGUAUAGAGCAGCAAGAGGGGUGAGAUCGGCGGCGGUGGCUGGAGCUGUGGGUGGAGUUCUUGUUGGAGCUGCUGUGACGGUAAAACAAGCACUGAAACGAUAUGUGCCAAUAUGAAAUGUGAGUGGGAGAUUUGAGAUUCAAACUGUUAAGUUACAGAGAAAAAAAAUCAAAUUUUGAGCGAUAAUUGCUGUUAGUUUUAGUUAGAAUAUAUAGAAUUGUUUAAAGAAGUUAUAUACCAUAUAUGUUAUGGUUAUGCUAGUUAGAAGUUAAUGCUUCCAAUGCGAAACUAUUGGUUUAAUGCCAUAUUUUUUCAGCUGGAUUCUGGCUUUCUGUUCUAAAACUAAUGUGUAACUUUGUGAAGUCGUCAUCGAAUAAAUAGUUAUAAUUAUUGGGACGAAAUUUAAUUUUAAA